GGGCGCUGGUGCGGGAGACUGGCACUUCAAUUGUCAGCAAAACGGAAGUAGCUAACUACAAUCAUACGAGAAACAUGGCAGCUCGUAUUCGGAUGCCCUUGCUAUUUCCCCCAAACCUACCUCCGUUUAGAAAUCAAAACCUUCUCCACAUCGAGGCUGCGGUCAAGGAGCCCUCGUAUCCCCCCAUCGUCCCCUCUCUUACGGCUAAAAGUAAAUCUGCCCGGAGGCGACGGAUUGAGGAGCGCGUCAAAAAAAUAUGUGCCUCUCCCGUGCAGGAGAAGCUCUCCCUCAUCACCAGUCUUCAACAGAUGAAAUUUGUGGUUUACCCUCAGACGUUCGCACUGAACGCAGACAGAUGGUAUAAGCAUUUUACCAAAACCGCAUAUAUCCCGGGCCUACCUGAGAAAUUCACCCAGAGCCUGGAGAGGACCGCGGGAGGGGAGAACUCGCCGUCAUCCGCGUCUCAAACCGCUUUACCGGGGAUUGAAGAUGGUGCGUUCGCGGACAUCCGCUCCAUGGUCACCCGUGUGAUUUUACAGCAGCACUGGCUCGUAAAAAAGCGCAGACCUUACCUUUACAAAGAACAGGAGCAGGUGGUCGGACCGUUUCUGAGGAGCCUGGUGACUGGACUCACCUACAGUCUGGCCAGAUACAAUCCACUGCUCCCCAAGUGCAGUCUAGAUAUUAAUCCCCAGGUGAACUUUUAUUGGACAAGGGGACAGAGAAUCAUCCCAAAGGGGCACCGGAAAGGCCGACCAGAGGCGACCAGGUUUCAGAUUGAUGACCACCCACAAAGUCAAAUCAGGAUAACUCAGCAACUGCCACAGUUUGCACCGCUGGAGGCCUCAUAUUCAGCUGAAGUUCCAGAGAUCACAUGUGCCCCAAACCUGAUGCCUCUGUUCAGAAGACAGUAUGACAACAAUAUUUUCACAGGUGCAAAGCUACCAGACCCAGCAUGCUACGGUCACACUCAGUUCCACCUGGUACCUGACCGAUAUCACAGAGACCGGAUGGCUCGAAUGCAGCAGUCUGACCAGGUCGAGGUCUUCCUCAGAGCCAAUGCACUCACCAGCCUCUUUGCCUGGACGGGAGCUCAAGCCAUGUACCAGGGUUUCUGGGACUACGAGGAUGUCACCAGGCCGUUUGUGUCCCAGGCUGUGAUCACUGAUGGCCAUUUCUUCUCCUUCUUCUGCUACCAACUCAACACAUUAGCCCUCUCUGUGGAGACUGAUGUCAACAACCCCAGGAAAAACGUUCUGUGGGGCACUGAGAGCCUGCGCCUGUAUGACAGUGUGCAGGACGGCGUGGUGGUGGGCCUGAAUGAUAGCGUUAUUAAGCUUCUGGUUCAGUUUCUCAUGAACCGGCCAUAGUCCUUUUGGUUCUUGUCUUCUCUUGAGAUCCUUUGUCUGCCUUUGAAAAAUGUCUUAGGGGAGAUUUCCUUUAGUCUAUGCUCUCCAAGGAAUUUGAAGAUGUAAGAAAUCAAGAGAAAGAGGCUUUAAAGAGGCCAGCAUGGCAGACAUGAGGAAGAUUUGUCAGACUGUACAAAAUAUAAUGCAAUGAACCACAUAUGCCAUACUUGCAUUAAAAGACCACUUGAUUCCA